AGGAAGCAAGAGAAUUGUGCGGCGUCAUCUUUAGUCGGGGCACGGGAAGGCCCGAAAAGCCCAUUUUAACUAGGGGCCUCCUUAACCAAAGUGAAAGGGGAUCAGAAGCGGUGCAGCUUCACUUUCCCUUCUCCAACAUGGCCUCCAGGGCAGCAAGGAGAAAUUGGAGGUUUGCUCUGGACCCCGCCCGCGCCUCGGGGCUGGCCAAUCACCGCGGACAGUUCUAGUUGCGCAAGCGCACUACAGAAAUGUCAGCCGCCGGCGCCCGGGGCCUGCGAGCCACCUACCACCGGGUUCUCGAUAAAGUGGAGCUCCUACUGCCUGAAAAAUUGAGGCCGUUGUACAACCACCCAGCAGGUCCCAGAACAGUGUUUUUCUGGGCUCCAAUUAUGAAAUGGGGGUUGGUGUGUGCUGGCUUGGCUGACAUGGCCAGACCUGCAGAAAAACUCAGCACAGCUCAAUCUGCUGUUUUGAUGGCUACAGGAUUUAUUUGGUCAAGAUACUCACUUGUAAUUAUUCCAAAAAACUGGAGUCUCUUUGCUGUUAACUUCUUUGUUGGGACAGCAGGAGCCUCUCAGCUCUUCCGUAUUUGGAGAUAUAACCAAGAACUAAAAGCUAAAGCAAACAAAUAAGAGUUCCUGAUCACCCUAACCAUCUAGAUGUGGACAUAACCACUGGGACCUAGUUUGAUUUAUUAUUCGGUUAUUGUAACUGUGCUAAUGUUUGGAAGGCAUUUUUAAAAAUCUAACUGUAACUGGGAGAUAGUACCUGAUUCAACAGAAAAAUAAAGCAAACUUUUAAUAAUAUUGUCUCUUUACAUAUGACUUAAAGAAUUUAUCUAUGGAUAUUAGUAACACUUUUUUCUACUAUUUGUCCAUAAUAAAUCAUACUUGCUCAUACAUA